CCCCACGCCAGCCAACUCAUGACGACCCAGAGCUCCAACCUGACCAUGUACGGCAACAACAACAACAACGGCAGCAUGAAGAACGAAAUCGCCGCCCAAGAGCUCGAGACCCACCGGAAGCAACGCGACCAGCUGGCGGCGGAGGUGGCGGAGCUGGAGGAGCGAGCCAGCACCCUGCAGGGCAUGUACAAGACCCACGACGAACUGCUGAGUCGUAUCUUCGGGGGUGAAUAUGGCUCUGUCAUGGAGAACCAACUCGAGGCCGAGCUCGACGCACUCGAGGCCCACCGCGCCCGGAUCAUGGAGGCCAACUUCAAGUGGCGUCAGGCGCAGAUGAUGCAGACCUCGAGAUCCGCUACAGCGUCGCCGCCGAGACGAGGAACAACCUGGUGGCGGCGAGUCAGAACAUCAACGGGGCUCAGCGGUACCUCGAUAACGUGAACUUUCCUUACUGCGCGCCCGAAGAGUGGAUACGCUUAAUAAAGCAACAGAGUACGUGUUCACGGACAUGCAAAGCCAAGACCGCCACGAACACGCCCACACCUGCUACUCCACCACCCACAAACGGGCCAACGCGCUGCUACAGUGGUUCGAUACGGUGAUCAACACGACGAUCAUGAAGGACUUGCAAGACA